AUGAUGAAACAAAAACAUAUAGUAGCUACAGAUUUAAUUUCUAAAAUCGAAAGUAUGCAAAAUUAAAUAGCUUAAUUAAAGGAGAAUUUAAAUUAUUUAAUUUAAUUAAAUGAUGAUAACUUGGAUCUUUUAAAUUUACAAGCUCUGUUUCUGGAAAAUUUGAGCUUUUCAGAAAAAGAUAUAAACUUAUUACAAGUCAAUAAAUACAAAAAAAAAAGCUAUUACUAAAAAUAUUAUUUAAACAGACAAAAUGAAGAUGACAUGUUAAGUUCUAUGAAUAACAAUGAUAAAUUUGAUGAAAAAACUUGUAUAAUUUUUGCAAGUUACAGAGAUACUGAAACCUUAACAAUAAAUCAAGUUUCAUCUAAUUUUUAUAAUUUAUUUGGCUUCACAAGCAGAGAUAAUAUCUAUAAUCGAAAUAUUGAAUCUAUUAUACCUCUUGCAUUUUAGAGUGUACAUAAAAUGUAUAUAAAACAAUAUUUAGAAGAUUCAAUAACAUGCAAUAUUUCAAAUGAUACAAAAGAGUAAUUAGAAUAAAACGAAUAAGAUCAUGAAAAUGACGAAAAUGAAGUAACUCCAAUUAACUAGCGAUAAGGUUACUUAUUUAAUUAACCAAAAUUCUUAUCAGAGAAUUAAACUGGAACAAAAAAUAAAAACUAUUAAUUAUAAAACUAUAUUAAAACAAAUGAAUAUAAUGAAAAUGGAACAUUUGGAUUGGUAGCUAAAAUAAAACAAAUAAAUGAAGAAUAUUAAUAUAUUCUAUUCAAUGAAACAGAUCUAAGUGUUAUUGGUCUCACUCAAUAAAUACACGAGAUAUUCUUUCCAAAUUGUAACAAUCUCUAAAAAAUUAAUUUGAGAUAAAUUUUCCCCUUUUUGAUUGGAACUUAAAAUAAAACAAAAAUUGAAGAUUCACAUAUUUAAUUUAACGAAACGACUUGCAGCACUAAUAAUACAAAAUAAUAGUUUCAUGUGAAUUUAACAGAUGACGUGCAUUAUAUCUUUAGAGGUUAAUUAAAAGAUAAAUUAACUAUUAAAAAGAAAUUAGCAUUUAUAAUUAUAUAGCAGGCAGAUGAAAUAAACAACACUGUAAACACUCUAAACACUCUUUAUAGAAGUACAAAGAGAUUAAAUAAAGCUAAAUCAUAUAAAGAAAUUUCAUAAUAUAGUUUUAAUUAUGUAGAAUUAUUUGUUCGAAAAAUAAAAUAUCAUGGAGUAAAUAAUGUAAGUUAUGUUGAAAUAGUAAAAAUAAAAUAGCUUAAUCCAUCUAGUUAAGCUCAAAUAAUCCUUCAAGAAAUAACUAAUGUAAAAAAAUAAUAGAUUUAUUCUUAAUUAUUUGAACAUCCAAGCUAGCUUUAAAAUAUAAUAUCAGAUUUAGAAUAAAAUCAAAAUAUUAAUAGCUACUUAUAAUUUAAUAGCUUUUACACUUAGCUUCAAUAUAGCUCUAGAAAUUUGAAUUAAGGUAAUUAAUUACUAUAAAUAAAAUAAAAUGAUACUCCUAUUGACUUUACAUAAGCUGAUUUUUAAAAAGUAUAAUAAUUACUUGGUGAUGAAAGUACAAAUAUUGAAUAAAUUAAAAUGGCCUCAAAUAGAAUAGAAUACGAUGAUUUUAAUUGUUUAUCAGAUGCAACAAGUAGAUUUACCUUAAACUAAUUCAGAGAAUAAAAAACAUUAUAAAACUUCAAUGAAAAACUGCAACUUAAUUAGUUGUCUUAGCUGCAAAGUAAUAUUGCAUAAGGACAGGUAUUUAUUUAGUCAUUUUAGGAAAACUAAGUAAGCAGCAGCGAUUUAUAAAUGAAAGUGGAUUUUGCUAAUAACAAUUUGGAUCAUUAGAACCUUAUAGAAGAUUAACUAAACAUAAGCAGCACUUGUGCCAUACCUAUUCCUUAAAAAUCAAAUAAAGUUAUUAACAUAGAAUUAGUUUCUCCAGAUAACAGCUAAUUCAUGAAAAAUUGUUCUAAUCAAUUAUCAUUAGCUCAAUUAUCAGAUUAAAAUUUAGAUGCUCUACAAAUAAAAUCAUAUGAAUUUAUUUCAAAUAAAAUUAAAGAAAAUGCUUAUUUAGAUGUAGAAAAUAGUAAUGAAGAAAUUAAUAAAAAAUGUAAUAAUACAAUCAUUCCUUUACAAAUUAGCAUAAACCCUAGCAAAAUUUUUAAGUCAAAUAGCUUCAGAAAAAAUAAAAUCACCAAUACAUUAAAUGAUGCUCUAAAUGGCAAAGAGAAAAAAAAAUUUAUUAGAAACUCUUAUUAGCAUAAUACUGUUAACUAGAUAUAAAAACAAAAAAAAAAGGAACAAGUUCAAGAUAUCAUUUACGAUAUUGCUUCUAGCACCUCCCAUAAUUCAUAUUAUACUCCAGUGAAGAGAUAGCUAACACAAAUUAUGGAAGAUUCUUCAACCCUAAAAGUUAUAAAACUAAUAAAAGUUAUUGGAGUUAUUUGUUUCGCUGUCAUGGUAGGCAUCACUUGGUUAUAAUUUAACUCAAUGGAUAAGUUUCUAUUAGAAGCUAAUUAAGACUACAAAGACUUUGGCUGGCCCACAACUUAUUCUUGUUCUCUAAGCGAUAUCCUGAAAUAUAAAAAUAUUUAAUUUCUUACUAAUUAUACAAGAGUAGUUUUCACUGACAGUAACUAAAGGGAACUAUUUUAUAAUCUGACACAAUAAAAUAUGGAGAAUACAUUCUCAGAUGUAUUAAGAUUGUUAGUUUAAAUGGAAAAUGCUAACUCAUAAAGAGAAGUAUUUAAUAGAGUAAUGGAAGAUAAAAUGACUUUUUACUUUGGGUAAUUAUACAAUCCUGCAUAGCUUAACUCAACUACAUCUGACAGUACUGAUUUAGUAUUCUUAAAUUAUACUAGUACCUUAGAAUAUGGCGUAAUUUUAAAUGUUCAAAAUAUCUUCCGUUAUAUCAACAACAUGGGUAAUGGAAGGCCUGAGUAUUACUUAAUAUAAAAUUAAUUAGAAGCAAUUAAUUAAUUAAAAGAUUUAUAAGAGUAUAUAAAAGAUAGCUAAUCAUAAAAAUAGGAAUAUAUCCAAAAUUAACUCUAUAUCAUAAUCAUGAUUUUAGUUUUAAUUAACACAUGUUGUGUUGCCAUCAUAAUACCAUUAUAUCUCUAUAUUUAAAAAGAAAGAGAUUCUAUAAUUUACCUAUUUACUACAUUUCCAAUUUAAAAGUUAGAUAAUUUGAUCAAAAAAAUAUAAAAUUCUUACUUUAGCACAAAUACUAACUCAAUUUAUUAGAAUUAAAACAACUAAGUAAUUAUUGAUACACUUUUAUAAUUAUAAGACAUCGAUAAUGAAAAAAAUAUAAGAAAGCAUACGAAAGUCUACUAGCUAAGAUCAUAUCUAUUGUAGAAUAUUGCGAUGCAUUUUAAUGUUUUAUUGAUGAAGGCUAGACCAAGAUUCAAGCCUAUGAAGCCUAAUAUUUAUUAUGAUUAUUUAUAUGCCUUACUUUAAUAAUAGGAUGAAAUAAGUUAGGAUAUAUAAUGGAUAAUAAAUUCAUAGUAUUCAGAUUAAAGAUUUAAUUAAGACUUGUACGAUAAUUUCUUUUUUUCUGCCUUUAAAACAAAUUUGUGCGAAGAUUUUAAGAAUUAUCCUUAGUUCAAUACUAAUCCUAAAAAAUUAAAUGUUGAAUAAUGCGAUUCAACACAAUAAAAGUUCUUAUAAUAAGGUUUCUCAGUAGCUUAUAAAAGUCUUUUUAGCAUGUUUACUGAACUGUACAAUAUAUAUAUAAUACCAGAUGACAGAGUAUCAAGAUAAUAAAAUUAUAAUUGA